AUAAUUGAUAAAAAAGUUGCAUAUUUUAUUUCCCGCCUCCUUUUAAAUUUAGGUAUUUCAGAACAUGAUAUUGGCACUGCUGGAAGUUUUUCUGUCAAACGUCAAGUGCAGGUUGUGUGAUUUGUUAUCUUUGUAGAAUUCCGGCUUUAAUGAAUUAAAACCAUGUCAAUAAAUUUAGAUAAAUACAGGGAUGAGCUGGUGUCAGCUUGGAAAGAUGUGCUUGAUGCGAAAACAUCAACCGAUUGGGCUUUGUUUGCUUAUGAGGGCCAAACCAACGUUUUAAAAUUUGUCAGUAAGGGUUCCAACGGAAUCGAGGAACUUACCGAAGACUUAAAUAGCGGAAAAAUAAUGUACGCUUUUGUGAAAGUGAACGACCCGAAAACCUCUUUAAUUAAGUAUGUUUUAAUCAAUUGGCAAGGAGAAGGCGCCAAUACGGUGCGUAAAGGCAUAUCCGCGAAUCAUUUACGCGACAUUGAGAGAUUUUUCACUGGGGCUCACUUAAUAAUCAACGCUCGUAACGAGGAAGAAGUUGAGCCUCAGCUCAUCAUUGAUAAAGUCGCAAAAUCAGGCUCGGCGUACAGUUUCAAAGCCCCCAGAGCCGAGAUUAUCGAACCUACAGGUCCCGUGGGGACCACUUAUCAACGCGUCAAUCCUAUAAAAGAAAUCAAUGCCCGCGAAAGAGACCAGUUUUGGCGCAAAGAAGAGGAAGAAGAAAAGAAACGCGUUGAGGAAGAACGUAAACGGAGAGAGAUGGAAAGAAUGAAGAGCGAGGAAGAGUUAAGGAGUCGAGAAUUAAAAGAGUCGGCUAAACGGGAUGCGGAAAUGUCCCUUAGGAAUAACAACAUUGAUCAAAUCAAACAAGCGGAAAAGGAGGCCGCGGUACAGGCGGUUUCCGUUUCUAACUACGACCAAUCUGACGAUUUUCCAACUAGAGUUAAUCAAAGCGAUGUUUUGCGAAAACAGAGAAAUCAAGAGGCUCAUGAUUUAAUAGCACAAAGGACGAUUGACGCCCGGUCAGUCUUUGAACAGAAUACAGCGGCCGGACAGAAAAAAGUGCCGGAAAAGCCUGUCAGAAAUUCGAUUUUGAAAGCACAAAAUCAGUUGAGUGUGGAAAAUAAAUUGGAGGAGAGCGAUGAGGAAGGAGACCAGUUUUCGACAAUAAAGAGAUCGCCAAGAGACGUGGAAAAGAAGAGUGUGACUAGUCCAACGCCACAAGAAGUCUAUGAAGUCAGAAAAGAAGAACCACAAGAGCAGCGUGUGGAACAAAUUACAGAUCAGCAAUUUGUUGAUGAGUAUCUCUAUGAGUUUAGCACACCUGGAUUGCAGGCUAGGGCGUUGUACGACUACCAAGCUGUUGAUGAUACUGAGAUUAGUUUUGACCCAGGCGACAUAAUAACAAAUAUAGACCAGGUGGAUAAGGGAUGGUGGCAAGGAUUAGCCCCCAAUGGUACUUAUGGCCUUUUUCCCGCUAAUUAUGUUGAAUUGAUUCAAUAAUUUUUAUUUUGUUUUUUUUUACCGUCGCUUCGCUUAUUCCAUUGCUCAUAACGCAUUUAUUUCAUAUUUUUCAAGCGCAAUAUUUUGUCGAUAAUAGGUUAAGUAUACAAUAAAUACCAAAAUUUUGUUUUUAAGGAUUAACACACCGUUUGUGAUUACUAUUGUGCAAUAAAAAAUAGUUACAAAUUUUGAA